AUGGACGUCGACGAGCCAUCCAGCUCUCAACCCAGCGGAUCCAUUGCCAACGACCCCGUCGCCUCCAGCAUCAUUGCCGACUCCAAAACCUCUGUCGCUGUCGAUCAGCGUCGUCUCGUCGAGAUCCUGCCAGAACGUGUUGGCUCGGUCGCCAACACCGAUUUCCCGCUCCACCACCCCGGCCAGAACGACGCCUUCUCCCUCGCGUCUGCCAACGACAAGCUCAAGGUCAUCGUCACACGUCUUUCCGACGCAUCGUGCGAGUUCGACCUCAUCGGCGUAGAUGCCUCCGUCGCCAACGCUGUGCGUCGAGUACUGAUGGCUGAGGUGCCGACGGUCGCCAUCGAGCACGUGUACAUCUGGAACAACACCUCCAUCAUCCAAGAUGAGGUUCUCUCGCAUCGUCUCGGUCUCGUUCCACUCGUCAUCAAUCCGGAUAAAGUCACCAUGCGCAUGCCCGGCGACGAUGCAGACGACAGCAACACUGUAGUCUUCCACCUCAAAGCCAAAUGCGAGCGCAACCGCACGGCGGCGCGUGGCGAAACCGACCCAGACAAACUCUACAUCGGCCACAACGUCUACUCGGAACAGCUGCAGUGGGACCCCAAGGGUGGUCAGGAUGAAGACUUUGCAGACGCCCCACCUCGCCCCGUCCACGACAAGAUCUUGAUCGCCAAACUCCGACCCGGCCAAGAACUCGAUCUCGAGCUUCACUGCGAGAAGGGUAUCGGCAAAGACCACGCCAAAUUCUCGCCCGUCGCAACCGCUUCCUACCGUCUGCUACCGCACAUCCAGCUGCUGAAACCGAUCCCGGACGAAUCCAUCGACAAGUUCGUCAAGUGCUUCCCACCGGGCGUCAUCGGCGUAACGGGGACCGGAAAGGACCGCAGCGUGGUGGUGCAGGAUGCGCGAAAGGACACGAUCUCUCGAGAGGUGUUCAGACACCAGGAGUUCGAGGACAAGGUCAAGCUGGGCAGGGUGCGGGAUCACUUUUUGUUCGAUCUCGAGAGCACGGGUAUCAUCCCGCCGGAGAAGCUGUUGCCCGAGGCGAUCAAGACGUUGAGGAACAAGAUCGCCACGUUGAGGAAGAGCUUGGAUCACCUAGAGACGAGAGGGUUGGACUCGGCCAUGGUCGCUUGA